AUGUGGCAGCCAGCCAAGCUUGACACAUUUCCAGCGCGAGGCCAGCGCUUGAAAUUCCACUUGCUGGCCGGGCAGGGGCCACUCAGCGGUUGGGUAACAAUUUGCUUGAAGGGCCGCGCAUUGCUGCAUCGGGUGCAGUUGCCCUCGCGGAGGAUUUUGGUAGAUCGUUGUGAGGAGAACGGGAUUCAAGCCUUGAGCGCAACUGAGCUGGAGCUGUACUGCAUGCUGCACGACAUGGGUAUUGCGGUGCCCUGCCCGUCAGUGGAGCUUGCCGAGCUGACAGCUACGGUGCAGAGGGCAGUGGUGCCAGCCACGGAUGCGAAGGAGGAGAGGGCCGCCUGGAUCAUGGAUUUGCCCGGUGAAUUUGAUGCCUAUGUGACCGAUCCGUACCGCCUCUUUGGGAUCCCCUACGAUGCCACAGAUGGCAUGAUCAAGUCCAGCUAUCGCAAACUCUCGUUGAAGUUUCAUCCAGAUCGUUGCCCAGGAGAUGCAGCAGCAGCGGCGAAAUUUCGACAGCUCACUUCUGCCAAGGACUUCUUGUUGGAUCCCUAUCAACGUCGGGCCUUCAAUGAAGUUCACGGCUUCCUGACGCCCACCGUGAAUGUGGCUUGGUGGUCGGACUGGGAUGACAUCUUCGCGGAGAUCGAGGUGGACGCAGUGGACGCAGUGGACGAUGCGCCACCACUGGGACAACGGGCGGAGUUGCUGCUGAUGGGGGCCACAGGUGGUCUCCAGAUGGACUGCGGACAGACCCCGCUCCUGGGCUAUAGCCGGGCGCGACGGGCGAAAGCUGAUGUGCCUCUGCUGCAGGUGGCUUGA